UUGCCCUAUAAAACCCUCACUCAGGUCUCUCCUCAAAUACACAUCAAAUUCACGGACAAGUUUUCCUUGUGAAUUCUUCUCUCUCCCCUUCCAUCACUCCUACUUUUCCUCUACUGGAUUUGAAUCAGCAAAUAAGCACACAAACAAUCAAUCACAGGUCCUACAGGUUUGAGGUAAUACUGUCAUUUUGCAAUGGUAUCGGGCAUGUGAUGUGCAUCAUUUUGCUCUAAAAGAACUGCAAAUAAAGGUGGAUCUUUCACACGAUAGGGAUAACUAUAUUUAUGUAUAUGAGUAAUGAGUUCUAAAGGAAAGCCAUUAUUUGAUCUCAAUGAACCUGCUGCAGAGGAGGAUGAGGAGAGUGAUGGUGUCUUCAUCUUCCAGCCCCAAAGGGCAGUUCCAUCAACUACACAUACUUCCGACUUAUUUACAAAAUCCAAUAGCCCUCGCAGAUUAAUAAACAACAAUGCCUUUUCUCAUGCAUCCUCUGUUUCAGGCUUUCAGCCUUUUAUUCGGUCAAAAGUUGAACAAACAUCUGAAGUUGAUGAAGACAAGAAAAGGGCAAUUGAUAUUAGACCUGUUGUUGAAAAAGAAGAAGGUGAAUGGUCUGAUGCUGAGGGCUCUGCUGAUGAGGUCCCUGAAAAACCAACUUCUGCCCUUGAAAAUGAUGAUAAGUCACAAGUGAAACAAGAAGCUGUUCUAAUGGAUCAAAGGGAUUCUGAUGUGGCUUCUGUGAAGGAUGAAAAUAUUCAAAACAACAACAAUGCUUCUUUUGGAGUUGAUGGUGAUUCUAUUGAUAGGAAAAGUAGUGGUAGUAGGAAUUCAGAGGGUGAUAUAGCUAUGGAUAGUCAAGAAGAUUCUACAGUGGCUCCAAAACAAAAAGACAUUAAAGGGGUUGAAGCAAUUCAUGCUUUAAAAAUUGCGAAUAAUCCUGGAAAGCGUCCUAAAAUUGAUCAUCAAAAGGAAGCAAUGUUGGGGAAAAAACGUAGUAGACAGACAAUGUUUCUUAAUUUAGAAGAUGUUAAGCAAGUAGGAACCAUUAAAACCACAACUCCCAGAAGGCAGAACUUUCCGCCACCUGUCACGACUCGUAUUGUGAAAGAAUCACGUCUUCAACCUUCUACAAAUGGAGAUAAACAGAUUCAGCCACCAGUGGCUGAAAGCAGUGGUUUCAUGGAGUCUACUGAUACCAAAUCUGAAUCUAAUAAUGGUGACAUGAGUUCAGGAAUUCUAGGGCGCCCAAAAAGGUCAGUUAGUAGUACGGAUCUUGCUUUGAAGCAGACAAAGAAUGCACAGGUCCCUGGUAGAAAGAGUGGUUUACUUAGUCAGAGUUCUAUUGAUCUAAAAACAGGAAGUAAAAAGCUUCCUUCCAAGAAGCCAUUGACUAUGACUACUCCCCAAUAUCAAGAUACUUCAGUGGAACGUCUUCUUCGUGAGGUGACUAAUGACAAGUUCUGGCAGCAUCCAGAGGAGGCAGAACUUCAGUGUGUUCCGGGAACCUUUGAAUCAGUAGAAGAAUACGUUAAAGUAUUUGAGCCAUUGCUUUUUGAAGAAUGUCGGGCCCAGCUCUACAGUACUUGGGAGGAAUCAACAGAAAUGUCUUCCAGAGAUUUGCAUGCAAUGGUCCGUAUAAAAACUGUCGAGAGACGAGAAAGAGGCUGGUAUGAUGUGAUACUUGUGCCUGCAAAUGAAUGCAGAUGGAACUUCAAAGAGGGUGAUGUGGCAGUUCUUUCCACCCCCAGACCAGGAACAGUGAUAUCCAAGAGAAACAACAAUUCAAAUAUGGGGGAAGAGUCGGAGGUGAGUGGACGUGUGGCAGGCACUGUAAGGCGCCACAUACCAAUUGAUACCCGUGAUCCUACAGGGGCAAUCCUUCACUUUUAUGUCGGGGAUUCAUACGAUUCUAACAGCAAGAGUGAUGAUGAUCAUAUUUUAAAAAAGCUACAUCCUAAAGGAAUCUGGUAUCUUACCAUUCUCGGCUCACUUGCUACAACUCAAAGAGAAUAUAUCGCUUUGCAUGCAUUUCGUAGACUCAAUUCACAGAUGCAAACUGCGAUUCUUCAACCUAGCCCAGAGAUGUUCCCGAAAUACGAAGAACAGGCACCCGCAAUGCCCGAUUGUUUUACACCAAGCUUCUUCGAUUAUCUCCACCGCACCUUCAAUGCCCCCCAGCUGUCAGCAAUUCAUUGGGCAGCAACACAUACUGCAGCAGGUACAACAACCGGGUCCACAAAAAGACAAGAACCAUGGCCUUUUACACUUGUUCAGGGCCCACCCGGAACCGGAAAGACUCAUACAGUCUGGGGUAUGCUCAAUGUCAUCCAUCUAGUCCAAUACCAACAUUACUACACCGCAUUGUUAAAAAAACUAGCUCCCGAAAGCUACAAACAAACAACUGAAAACCUCGUUUCCGAUAAUGCCCCUGCCGGCUCAAUCGAUGAAGUCCUCCAAAGCAUGGACCAGAACCUCUUUCGGACACUUCACAAGCUCUGCCCGAAACCGAGAAUGCUCGUGUGUGCCCCUUCAAACGCAGCAACCGAUGAGCUUCUGACACGUGUCCUUGACCGCGGGUUUAUAGACGGCGAGAUGAAAGUAUACCGCCCAGAUGUUGCCCGGGUCGGGGUCGAUUCCCAAACCCGGGCAGCCCAGGCAGUAUCAGUCGAACGUAGAACCGAGCAACUUUUAGUAAAGAGCCGAGAUGAAGUUUACGGGUGGAUGCACCAGUUACGGGCCCGCGAAGCCCAAUUGUCUACACAAAUUGCAGCCCUUCAAAGAGAUUUAAAUGUCGCAGCUGUCACGGGUCGGUCCCAAGGAUCCGUGGGUGUCGACCCGGAUGUUCUCAUGGCCCGUGACCAGAGCCGGGACUCAUUGUUACAAAACCUGGCUGCGGUUGUUGAAAACCGGGACAAAGUUUUAGUGGAAAUGUCCCGUCUUUUCAUUCUAGAAGGCCGGUUUCGCAAUGGUGCCAACUUUAAUUUAGAAGAAGCCCGAGCUAGCCUCGAAGCAAGUUUCGCCAACGAGGCAGAGGUUGUUUUUACCACGGUCUCGAGUAGCGGACGGAAAUUAUUCUCACGGUUGACCCACGGGUUCGAUAUGGUGGUGAUCGAUGAAGCGGCUCAAGCUAGUGAAGUCGGGGUGCUUCCGCCUCUCGCUCUUGGUGCAGCCCGGUGCGUGUUAGUCGGGGACCCACAGCAACUUCCAGCAACUGUAAUCAGCAAAGCUGCUGGUACAUUGCUAUACAGUAGGAGUCUUUUUGAAAGGUUUCAACAAGCAGGCUGCCCGACUAUGUUGCUUUCGGUUCAAUACCGAAUGCACCCUCAGAUACGGGAAUUUCCUUCUAGAUACUUCUAUCAAGGACGUCUUACCGAUAGUGAAAGUGUUACAAAUUCGCCCGAUGAACCCUACUAUAAAGACCCGAUUUUAAGGCCAUAUGUUUUUUACGAUAUUACCCAUGGGCGGGAAUCGCAUCGGGGCGGGUCGGUCUCGUAUCAGAAUAUACACGAAGCACAAUUUUGUUUGAAGUUAUAUCAACAUCUUCAGAAAAGUGUGAAGUCGUUGGGUAUACCGAAAGUUUCGGUGGGUAUAAUAACGCCGUAUAAGCUCCAAUUAAAAUGUAUUCAACGUGAAUUUGAGGAGGUUUUGAAAUCGGAAGAAGGGAAGGAUCUUUAUAUCAAUACAGUCGAUGCUUUUCAAGGACAAGAACGUGAUGUCAUCAUUAUGUCGUGUGUUCGUGCUUCCAAUCACGGUGUGGGAUUUGUUGCUGAUAUUCGACGGAUGAAUGUUGCUCUUACACGUGCUAAAAGGGCACUUUGGGUGAUGGGAAAUGCAAGUACAUUGGUUCAAUCGGAUGAUUGGAGUGCACUUAUAGCGGAUGCAAAAUCACGGGAAUGUUACAUGGACAUGGAGUCUCUUCCUAAAGAUUUCUUGGUGUCGAAGGGCCCACAUCCACCUCCACCACAGGCACGGUUUUCUAACAUGAGGGGUUUGAAGAGACCCGGGUUAAGACACCGAUCAUAUAACGAUCACAUGGAGUCUUCAAGGUCAGGGACACCUUCAGAAGAUGAUGAGAAAUCAAACUUAUCGUAUCCUUCAAGAAACGGGAAUUACCGGUCUUUCAAGCCACCAUUUGAGAAUUCUAAUUCUCUUGAUGAUUUUGACCAGUCGGGUGAUCGAUCACGGGAUGCCUGGCAACAGGGUAUUCAAAAGAGACCAAAUUCAACCACAGUUCCAGGAAAACGGGACCCAUGAUCCGAGUUUUUUAGAUGGAGAUUCACGGAUUUUGAAGAAAAGCGGAGUUUGGGCCAUAUUUAGAUUGAUGGAGUUGCUAAAUAACUUCUGAAAGAAAGUGGUUCGAAAUAUUGAUGAAGAAGGUGCAUAUGGACUAUAUGCAAAAAUCGAUGAUUAAUUUGUGAGGUGAGCAAAAUCUCUCUUCAUUCCAUUUUUGACAUGUAGUCCAUGAUGAUAUGAUGAUGAUUAAUGUGACUACACCAUGGAUUGAUGGAUGCUCGAGUUGAGGGCUUGCAUCCAUGCUUUUGUUGUCGGUGCAGUCGGAUUGGAUUGGAUUGGGUUGGGUUGAUGAGAAGUAAGUUAUGAUGGUUGAAAUGGGGAUGAAAAUGAGUUGAUAGAAAAUGAAUAGAGAAAGAUUUAGGGUUUGUUAUUGAUUCAUAUAAUAGAUAGAUAGUAUCUUGAAGAACAAUGUCAAGAUUUUGUAUAGAAAGGAAACGAGGGGGUGGUGUUGAUGAUGAUAAAAAUUUAAAGGAAAGAAAGAAGUAAACUUUACUUUUAGGGGCA